AUGAGCACCCGAUUUCCUGAGGCAGAUUGGAAUGACUUUAUUCAAACUAUUGAAGACCUUGGACUGGCUCAACACAACAUGAAUUAUAAUGUACUUUCAUUUCUUGAUGAAGAUAAAAAAGUAGAAAUAAUGACAACAACAUUAGACUCAUUAAAAUCCUCAAAUAACUUACAGUGUAUUGACUGUGAAGGGAAAAUGGUAUGGAUAUUAUCAACAUUAGCAGAUAUGUUUGUUUAUGGUAAGACUGAAAAAGAAAUAAUAAGAAUUGCUGAAAUGUAUGGAAAAUGGUUAGAUGUUAAAGAAACUAAUAAACCAAAAUAUUUAAAAGAAGAAUAUGUUAAAUGUGCAAAGAUAAUUCUUGGUCAAUUAACAUUACCAUUUCUUAAUUGUAAAAAUGAUGAAAAAGAAAUUGAAAGUCAUGCAGAGUAUUGUCUUAUAGUAGUAGAUAUAUUUUAUAAGUUAAUUGAUAGUCAGUAUGGAAAAGAACUUAAUGAAUGGAUAUUGAGUUGUGUAUAUGGUAUUUUUGUUACUGUAUUUGCAUAUUUUCAUUCUGAUAGAAAAGAAAUUAUUUCUAAAACAAAACAAAAUAAAUAUUAUUAUUACUUACUUAAAAGACUUAUUAACGUAUUACAUUUCUGUUUAUUAAAAAAUGCUAGUGUUUCAAAUAAUUUAUGGAAUGUAUUUAUAUCUCAUUCUAUUGAAUGGCAAUUAGAUGGAGAAGUACUUCAACAAUGGAUUGCAACUACUUUAUGUUUACAAGAAAGUUAUAUGCAAAGUCUUAUAGAAAAUAACGAAAUUGCCACUAUUCAUUUUAUUAAAAAUAAUGGAGAAGAAAGAAUUAUUAAAAUGAACCAAUCAACACUACAAUCAAUUUGGCUUUAUUUUAUUAAAUUAAGUAGAAUUGAUUGUAAUACAUUAACUUCAGAAAAUGCAUUAAUUUUUCAAGAAGGUAUUAGUUUGUUAAUGCAUGACCUUUCUCGAAGAAUUCAUUAUAACGUUAAUUCAACAUCACUACCACCUGUUGAUGGUAAUAUUAUAUUAGACUUAUAUGGAAAAGUAGCUUCAUCACCAUUAUUUACAUGUGACCAUGAUCUUUAUGAAGAGGCUAUUUGUGUUUCUAUAGGAAAUAUAUUAUCAUUCUUUGCAGAGACACUACCACUAACCCAAUAUAAUCCUAAAUAUAUUUUGUUAUUAAUUAGUACUAUUCAAAAAUCACUUUCAUCUUUAAACUUCUUUGUAAAUAAAUCGUGUUUAGAUAAUCUUCAAACAACAUUAAAUUAUCCAUUAAGUGGACUGACUUUGUCUCUUAAACUAAUCUAUAGUUCAAUUGAUAGUAUUUUAAAUACAUCAUUAAGUGAUAAAAGAAUAAAAGGUUAUUUAAACGCUUGGGUUUUCCGUGGUUUUAUUAAAACAUUAAAUAAUUCAUUAGUUCAUUUUAAUGUUUACUAUACAAUGGAAUUAAAAAAUAUGAUUAGUUCAGACGAUCAAAUAGAAACAUUAUUAUGUACACUUAUCAGAAAAUUAAUAAAUACUGACCUUGUGGACCAUGAAAAUUUAUCUAAUCUUUGUAAUUUUAUUACAACAUUUUUUAUUUCAUUUCUUCCAAUAACACCAGAAACAUCUAAUUUUAAUAUUAGUUAUAAUACUUAUACUGUUAACACUAUUCAUCAUCUCGCUUGGUUAUUAUUAUUUGAUAUUCAAAGAAUGUAUUCAAUUGAUAAAGAUAAAGAAGUUAAUUAUAAAAAACUGGAAUUGUACUUCGGCAUUUUACAUGCCUUAUGUAAAUAUACUCAUUAUAUCCCAAAACAUGGUGAAAAUCCAUUUUCUUUGGCUGUAGUACAAUUGGUUCUCUUUGUAUUAGAAAAAUUUAUUUAUUGUUGUAAACCACAAAAUAUUCCUGAUGUUUUUGUUCAUUUAUUAUUAUAUAUACUUUAUGACUAUUUAAUUAGUGCAAAAUCAUUACAAAGAGAAUACAUGAAAACAAUGUUUGAUGUAUUUGCCAAGUUAAGUCAAUUAUUCCCAAGUCUUAUUCCUCAAAUCAAACAUGUUUCAACUAGUUUCAUUAAUAAAGAAUUAUUUGAAACAAAUAAUGAUAAUAUCCUUUCUAUUCAUUCUAUUAAAGAACAUCAAUUAAUGCAACAUUGGAACAACAAAGCAUUAGACCAUAUAAGAAUUGUUUAUAAAAAUGGAGUAUUAUAUUCUCUUAUUGAUCUCCCUCAAACAGAUAAAACACAAUUGCGAUGUGCUAUUAUUGAAAGAAGUUGUGAUGGAAAAUUUGUAUUUGAAAGUUCUACCGAUUAUGUUAGUACAUUAGGACAAAUUAUAACAAAAAAAGAGAAUAGUGUUAAUUCUCAUUGUAAUGGAGAUAAAAGAGUUGAAGGAGUUCCUCUCUUUUUUUCUUCAUCAACAAAAGAAGCUGGUCAAUAUCCAAAACAAUUAGAAGGAGAUUAUCAAUUACAUUUCAAAUCAUUCUUAAUGGACUCUAUUCCAAACGAAGAUGAUAGUGUAUUUUCUCCUGUUCUUGGAGCUCGGUUAUAUCAUUCAUGUGUUAUUGGGAUUGGGUUAGAUGAUGUUGAAUUAGAAGUUAAUGAACAAUUACUUAAUGAUUUAAGUCAAUUAGAUAAUCAACAACCUUUCUUUAAUGCAAAGGUUCUUAUUGACUUUCCACCACAUGACAAAAUUGGGCAAUUUUUUAUCUCUUUUAUUCAACACUUAGGAAAGUACAAUGAAAAAGAAACCUCAGUUAUUCAUACCGAUAUAGAUAAAUUUAUUUUAGUCCAAACAAACGAAGCAAACUUAAUUUGUGAUUGUCCCAAGUUAUUUAAAACAAUAAAACAAAAAGAAUAUGAUCUUCAAAUAAUUUGGAAUUGUACUCAUUCUUAUUCUCCGGAUAUUUUAAGUAAGAAUGUAAUUAUUAUUACUCCAGUCUCAUGUAAUACUUUUAGAAUAAUAUCAAAGAUAAACACUACUUUAAUUUCUGAUGUUUAUAUAAAUGGAAAUUCAUUAUCAUGUGCAAUCCCAACUUUUGCUCUUCAUUUAUUUAUUCAAGACUGUACUACAUAUAUUUCUUGUAAUAUCCUUCGUCAAAAAACAAUUGAUAAAAUUGUUUCUUCAUAUAAAUUUAAUAAUAAUGGGCGUUCUGCAUUUAUUUUUGACCACAAGAUUAACAAAAAAAUUGCUGAAAACAAUUCUCAUAUUUCUACCACCUGGACACCUUCCCCAAUUCCUCCACCUUCAACACCCACUCCUCGCCCUGAAUCAAUAAAUAAAGUUAUAUUACCAACUCGUAUCAGGAUGGCAAUAGAAGCUAUCAAAAAUAAUCCAUCAACUGAUUGUCCACUUUAUCAUUUAUCAAAUCAAGAUCUUCAAUCAGAAAAAGACAAAUUUAAUAUAUUCAGCCCAUCAAUAACUUGUGAAAUCCCAGAAAAUCCAUCUUAUAUUGAGAAAAAACUCCAAAGAACUAGAAGUCCAGUAACAAGUUUCCUUUCAAGACGUCCUGCAAAAUAA